GUUUCAAGUCGAGUUAAUCCUAGAGGUUAAAGGCAUAAUUAUGUUCACUAUAUUUGUUUCAAGGUUAGAUUGAUUAUUCUACUGUUCUGACAUAUGAGCUACAGUGCCUAUACUAACGCCUCUGCCCUGAUAACUGGGACAAAACGGAAUUUUUCCGCACACAGCGCAACAUGUUUCUCUCAAACAGGGCUUUAGUUUGGUACUUGCAUGUUUGUGCGUUUGUGAACGUUGGCAGUGCUGUGAAAACUAACCUAUCAUCAUCAAGUGAAGACGAAAAUGAUUUACCACACCUCCUGCGAAUUUUUCACAGAAACGAGGAAGAAAUAAACAGGCUAUGUCCACUGAUAAAUAUCACUUUCUCUUGCGGACAUUACGGAGAUGAUUCGCCCUACUGCAGUUGUGACCCGGAAACCUGCAUGGCUUAUGGAGAUUGUUGUCAUGAUGUCGCUUUUAAUGGUUCGGAAGCUGAAAUAAGGAGGUUGAAAAAUAACAAGAAUAAGUUGAACCAAACGUCGUGUGUUACUCUGCCAGGUAUGUCGAACGCGGUGAAAAUGGUAACGUCUUGUCCGCCAAAUGCCGACAAUAUUACCUCCAUGGAAUGUUUCAACGCGGGUAGAACAGCCAAUAUAGACCCCAAAAGAGACCUACCAGUCUGGUCCAAGACAAGUCGUGUGGUGUAUAGAAAUCUUUUCUGUGCUCUUUGUCACAAUGAUACAGAGAUACAGCCUUGGCUGCUUAAUUUUCACUGCAAAUCGCCAGACGUAAUCAAUUCAUUGCCCAGAAAUUCCACAGACAAACUUUCUUUGUUGAGACAAAUUGUAUCUUUGCCGAGUUGUUCAAUUCUGUUUAAGCAACGCUCUCAUAUGGAGGGUGAUAUGCACAUGUGUAGGACAAAUGCCAACAAAAAUUCUGACAACAUUACCGUGGACUUCUUAUCGGUAGAUUUAUGGUACGAAGAGUGGAUGGCGCCAUUUCAACCUUUUGAAUAUGGUGAUCUUAUUCAAACUUGCAACGUGACAGGUCUUUGGAAGAACUAUGACGAAGAACAGAUAGCCAGAUGCGGUGCAUAUCAUCAGUGGGUAGUCGGAGGGUUACCACCUAAUCUGUUUUCUGCCACGAAUUCCACCCCACCGGUAUCGGAGUCAACGACAGAAGUCCCCAAAAUGGAGACAGUAAUGAUUUUUACUGAAUACCGUCCCGAUGAGCGUUCACACAUGUGGUCAUCAUUUGGCUUAUUCGCUAACGUUGAUUGUGCGCUGUGCAAUGGCGUUAUCCUUCGAAACGAUAGCUUAAUAUGUCCACAGGCAAAAGCAAACAUACGUGAGGCGCACACAUCGUUCAGCAAUAGGGUACUUUCAGGCGUUCAACCGUUUUCAAUGCUGAUGGAUUUUGGCCCAGAUUUCAAAAUGGCAGCCGCCGGCAAGAGGAUUAUACAAGAGGGAUGCCCAGCAGGAUAUGUCAAAAGAAAAGGAUACGAGAAAUGCAGAAAAAUCAUUUGUCCAGCCGGUAUGAUUCCCAGUGGUACAGACUGCAUUGACCAGUUCCCUGAAAUCAACCUGAAUUGCAGCUUUAAGGUGCCCGUGAAACUUUAUGCUUUUUCCGUUGACGCAACCCAUCCAGUCUCGUGUAAGGAUCUAAUUGAAAGCAUAGCCAACGCAGCUGGUGGCAGUAUACCAGACGAAAUCCAAUGUGAAUACACAGAAGACAAGGGAAAAGUAUCCAAUGGUGAUACUUAUGGUUGUAAAUUGGAGCCACUUAUUGUCCUUAUUGGCAUCUUUAAAACACGUAUUAUAUAUCGGGCGUGUGCACAACCUUUUUUAUCUAAAACGCUGCCACUGAAUGAGCAGAACAACAUUUACCUGGCUGGUUCCGCGUUGUGGAAAGCUAUUUCGUCGUCUGCUGCGAGUGCGAUUGAAUCAAGUUUUGGCGAACAUUUGCAGAAACCAUGGGACUCUAGGGACUUGAUCAACAAAGUCGUCGUCAGGCAUAAGCUGCCAGAGUACUAUAUCUCCAUUUCAGGAACGUUGACAAUAGAAUUAAAUUCGACCUUGCAAUCCCCUAUGCACAACAGGAUUAAUGAGACAGAGCGGUGUGUUCUAGGCCACCUUUUACAUCAUUUUGAAUCCCUUGGAGUUAGUCUUAUUUUUGCCGAAGGUCCUAGUUCAAAUCAAAUUAGUGUAGAAAAAACAACCAACAGAAAACCAGGCCAUUUGACGACAAGUUUCACAAACAUUUCAUUUACUCUUGAAUACGCAAAGCAAAAUUUUAUCGAUGGCAAUUUUUCCUUAGAAACAACAUAUGGGACGGUACGCGUAUAUCUUAGUAAUAUAGUACUAAGUUCUCUAACUAUGGAUAUGCCUUACUUUGUGCAUUAUCCUGUUUCAGAGCAGACCAACUUACUAUGUCCUACAUCUCCGUACAUUUUAUGUCCAUCAUUUAAUUGUUGUGACUCUUCCAUUCUAAAUUCAAAGCAAUCUAAUAUAAUGGCAAGCAAAAGCAGAGCAGAUUCGAAAUACAGAGUUUCUGCUAUAAAUCCGGGAUUGUCCGUCGCCAUGAAUGUUUUCGAGAUACCACAGUUUGUACAAAAUAAACAAGACCGCCGUUUACCAAAUGUCACCAAGAUUUCAGAAGACACCCUGAACUGUAGUAGAGUGCGUCUUAACAGGUCUGAGUUCACUGGAGACGGUAACAUAAUUACCUUGUCUGUAAGUGGGUUAACAUUGAAUCAGUCCAACUUUAUUAAAGACGGGGAGGGGGUUCUUAUUUGUGUAGACGACUACUUGAAAGAAAAGAGUAAUACAACUCCCGAAUCUUCACAUGUUCUUGUGCAGGUGAUUGUCUCCUAUAGUCUUCUCUCGCUAUCUGUCCUUUGCUUGGUUUUUACAAUUAUCACCUAUCUGUUGUUUGUAGACUUGAGAAAGGGCCUUCCCGGAAAAAAUUCAUUUAACCUCUGCGUCACCCUGAUGGUUGCACAGUUAUUGUUUCUCCUUAAUUAUGUACCCUCUCAAAACAAUGCUGUUUGUAAAGUGUUUGCUAUUGUGAUGCAUUACUGGUGGCUUUGUUCAUUUGCUUGGAUGACUGCAUGUGCUUUUCAUAUGUGUUGGACGUUUACAUAUCCCUUUAGUAUUGCCCAGUUUGAUUAUUCGGACAUUCGUAAGUGGCAUAUCAUAUACUGCCUAAUAAGCUAUUGCUCUCCAUUGGUAAUUGUUAUCCCGUGUGUUGUUAUUGACUUUUGUGAAUGCAGCAGUAUUUCGAUAGGCUACGGCACAGGAGGUUCCUCGUGUUGGAUAGGUAAUACUAUGGCACUUGCCUACAGUUUCGCUCUGCCCGUUGGAAUAACUAUUCUCCUACAACUUGGGUUCUUCAUUAGGACUGCUAUUGCCUUACGGCCUGUUCCUAGUGUUGAACGUUGUGGUUCAAAUUACAACCAAUUUGUUGUUUACUGUAAACUAUCAACGUUAAUGGGUUUUGGGUGGAUUUUUGCGUUCAUUGCUGCAUUUACAAGUCUCUCAUUUAUGUGGUAUCUCUUUUACGUAUUUUCUUGCCUGCAAGGUGCUUUUAUUUGCUUUUCAUACAUUAUGAAAAAGUCAGUAUUGCAACGGUAUCGAAAUUAUUGCAGAAAGAAGUCACCAGGUCAUAUAUCAUCUACUACAUCUAUGAGCAUGACUACACUGACAUCUGCUAAAAACGCACGGAGCGCCACCUAUGUUGCAGCGCCUGAAGUUGCUGUUUGAAGCCUGUUUUUUGGGGAAUGCGCCGUUAUCAUGUCACAUUAUUUCAAAAUUGCUAAUUUUUCACUGCAUGUUGAUGCUUUUGCAUUUACUUUUAUUUGAGAGAUUCGUCAUUUGAAGAGUUUAAUAUUUGUGUCUGGAAACAAGCACAGGGUAGCAUUUUAAAUAUCCUAUCUGUACUGUUUUAGAUCUCAUUAUUACGGACCAAUUAGUAUAUCUGCCAAGAGUUCUUUUUGGGUUAUUAUCAAUUACAUAACGGUUUCUGACUGUUAGUAAACAGGGUGAUAAAUUUUUCCCACGGCAGGGGAACGCCUAUUAAGUACUGACUUAAUUAAUGGGAAUGGGUCCUUUAAUCAUGCUUCACGCGACGGCUGGGAAAAAGCUUUUAUCGAACGAUUUAAACGUAUAUUCAGAUGACAGGGACAUAGAAAAACAAUU